UGGUGCUGAUGGAGAAUGGGGAUGUCUAUACGUUUGGCUACGGUCAGCAUGGCCAGCUUGGACACGGGGACGUCAACUCAAGGUAACCACUGACUGUAACGAACGCAAAAAUGAUCAACAUUUGGACACAAAAAAACAUAGUUCUAGAUGUUCUAUUCAGACAAUGAAUAGGUUUUAACAGUGUAGGAUAGAUAGGCUAGGUAGUCAGUGUUUUCCACAAGUACAUAGAGUAGCAACCCAGGGGGGCUUGCCUCCCAUGGUUAGACAUUUCUGCCAAAGGAAUACUCCCAGAUUGGAAAAAUGUGUUGUGGUAGUGUGUAGAAAGACUUUACAAUUGUUUGUAUUUAUAUAUGUAUUUUUUAUUUAAAAAAAUAUUCCCCACACCAGAUACAAACAUCACAUACGAACAACAACUUAGACACAAACAACGACUACAUCUCAUCUGCCUAGACCCGCAUGCUCACACCCCCAUCCCUAGUGCCUGCAUUAUUGUUUGCCACAUGGUCUUAAAUUGUACCAAUUUGUUUUUCUUGGUUGCCCUUGCUAUUUCAAUAUUUCAAUAAUAAAUCAUUUGAUUUUCCAAUUGUGUUAAUGAUGGCGGAUUGAUUGAUUUUCAAGUUAAGUACACUUGUUUUCAAGAUGAGUGAGAAAAUAAUUAUCCAGCCCAUUGGGUAUUUUCACUACGCCGCCAUAUACCAUGUUUUGAGAUAUGCAGACUGACGGAUUAAAAGUACGUUUACAUUGUAAUACACUGCUCAAAAAAAUUAAGGGAACACUAAAAUAACACAUCCUAGAUCUGAAUGAAUGAAAUAAUCUUAUUAAAUACUUUUUCUUUACAUAGUUGAAUGUGCUGACAACAAAAUCACACACAAAUUAUCAAUGGAAAUCAAAUGUAUCAACCCAUGGAGGUCUGGAUUUGGAGUCACCCUCAAAAUUAAAGUGGAAAACCACACUACAGGCUGAUCCAACUUUGAUGUAAUGUCCUUAAAACAAGUCAAAAUGAGGCUCAGUAGUGUGUGUGGCCUCCACGUGCCUGUAUGACCUCCCUACAACGCCUGGGCAUGCUCCUGAUGAGGUGGCGGAUGGUCUCCUGAGGGAUCUCCUCCCAGACCUGGACUAAAGCAUCCGCCAACUCCUGAACAGUCUGUCCCAGAUGUGCUCAAUUGGAUUCAGGUCUGGGGAACGGGCGGGCCAGUACAUAGCAUCAAUGCCUUCCUCUUGCAGGAACUGCUGACACACUCCAGCCACAUGAGGUCUAGCAUUGUCUUGCAUUAGGAGGAACCCAGGGCCAACCGCACCAGCAUAUGGUCUCACAAGGGGUCUGAGGAUCUCAUCUCGGUACCUAAUGGCAGUCAGGCUACCUCUGGCGAGCACAUGGAGGGCUGUGCGGCCCCCCAAAGAAAUGCCACCCCACACCAUGACUGACCCACCACCAAACCGGUCAUGCUGGAGGAUGUUGCAGGCAGCAGAACGUUCUCCACAGCGUCUCCAGACUCUGUCACGUCUGUCACAUGUGCUCAGUGUGAACCUGCUUUCAUCUGUGAAGAGCACAGGGCGCCAGUGGCGAAUUUGCCAAUCUUGGUGUUCUCUGGCAAAUGCCAAACGUCCUGCACGGUGUUGGGCUGUAAGCACAACCCCCACCUGUGGACGUCGGGCCCUCAUAUCACCCUCAUGGAGUCUGUUUCUGACCGUCUGAGCAGACACAUGCACAUUUGUGGCCUGCUGGAGGUCAUUUUGCAGGGCUCUGGCAGUGCUCCUCCUUGCACAAAGGCGGAGGUAGCAGUCCUGCUGCUGGGUUGUUGCCCUCCUACGGCCGCCUCCACGUCUCCUGAUGUACUGGCCUGUCUCCUGGUAGCGCCUCCAUGCUCUGGACACUACGCUGACAGGCACAGCAAACCUUCUUGCCACAGCUUGCAUUGAUGUGCCAUCCUGGAUGAGCUGCACUACCUGAGCCACUUGUGUGGGUUGUAGACUCCGUCUCAUGCUACCACUAGAGUGAAAGCACCACCAGCAUUCAAAAGUGACCCAAAUAUCAGCCAGGAACCAUAGGAACUAAGAAGUGGUCUGUGGUCACCACCUGCAAAACCAUUUCUUUAUUGGGGGUGUCUUGCUAAUUGCCUAUAAUUUCCACCUGUUGUCUAUUCCAUUUGCACAACAGCAUGUGAAAUGUAUUGUCAAUCAGUGUUGCUUCCUAAGUGGACAGUUUGAUUUCACAGAAGUGUGAUUGACUUGGAGUUACAUUGUGUUGUUUAAGUGUUCCCUUUAUUUUUUUGAGCAGUGUACUUCUAACAGCUAUCUUUCUAGCUCCGCCCAUAACUUUUGGACUUUAUAGCAUUUCCAGAAAGCAUGGAUUAUUGGGUUAUUGUUAAUUUUACACUUAAGGCAUAACUCUUGCUGUUGUGCUGUAGAAUUUGUGAAUUUUGGCUACUGUAUAAUACAUUCUAUAUAUUAGUUUAUACUGGGUUAAGCAUAAAUUUUCUUUAACUAAUUUCAUUAGUUAUGCUCCAACAUGAGUUAUUUUUAACUCUUGGUUGUAAUAGUUUAUAUUUAUUUCUAAGAGAUUGUCAGGUGGAUAUGCUCUCUGCAAGGUUUUGUAUAUCUUUAUUUGGUAACACUUUACACCCAGCGCCCUAACACGCUAUGACACUAUGUACAGUGCAUUCGAAAAGUAUUCAGACCCCUUCCCCUUUUCCACAUUUUGUUACGUUACAGCUUUAUUCUAAAAUGGAUUUUUAUUUUAUUUUCCUUCAUCAGGUUUUUAGAAAAUAAAUAUGAAAAACCUUAUUUAAAUACACCUGUAUUCAGACCCUUUGCUAUGAGACUUGAAAUUGAGCUCAGGUGCAUCCUGUUUCCAUUGAUCAUCCUUGAGAUGUUCCUACAACUUGAUUGGGGUCCACCUGUGGUAAAUUCUAUUGAUUGGAUAUGAUUUGGAAAGGCACACACCUGUCUAUAUAAGGUCCCACAGUUGACAGUGCAUGGUCAGAGCAAAAACCAUGCCAUGAGGUCGAAGGAAUUGUCCGUAGAUCUCCGAGAAAGGAUUGUGUCGAGGCACAGAUCUGGGGAAGAGUAUCAAACAAUUUUUAUAGCAUUGAAGGUCCCCAAGAACACAGUGGUCUCCAUCAUUGUUAAAUGGAAGAAGUUUGGAAUCACCAAGACUCUUCCCAGAGCUGGCCGCCCUGCCAAACUGAUCGGGGGAGAAGGGCCUUGGUCAGGGAGGUGACCAAGAACCCGAGGUGACCUAGGCCCCUUAGUUCACUGGAACUAAGGGGCUUAGCCCAAACCAUGAAAAACAGCCCCAGACCAUUGUUCCUCCUCCACCAAACUUUACAGUUGGCACUAUGCAUUGGGGCAGGCAGCAUUCUCCUGGCAUUCGCCAAACCCAGAUUCAUCCGUCAGACUGCCAGAUGGUGAAGCGUGAUUCAUCACUCCAGAGAACGCGUUUCCACUGCUCCAGAGUCCAAUGGCGGCGAGCUUUACACCACUCCAGCCGACGCUUGGCAUUGCACAUGGUGAACUUAGGUUUGUGUGCGGCUGCUGGGCUAUGGUAACCCAUUUCAUGAAGCUCCUGACGAACAGUUAUUUUGCAGAUGUUGCUUCCAGAGGCAGUUUGGAACUCGGUAGUGAGUGUUGCAACCGAGGACAGAUUUUUUAAAAAUCUCUUCAGCACUCGGCGGUCCUGUUUGGUGAGCUUGUGUGGCCUACCACUUCGCGGCUAUGCCGUUGUUGCUCCUAGACGUUUCCACUUCACAAUAACAGCUCUAGCAGGGCAGAAAUUUGACGAACUGACUUGUUGGAAAGGUGGAAUCCUAUGCCGGUGCACCCUUGAAAGUCACUGAGCUCUUCGUUACAGGCCAUUCUACUGCCAGUGUUUGUCUAUGGAGAUUGCAUGGCUGUGUGCUUGAUUUUAUACACCUGUCAGCAACGGGUGUGGCUGAAAUGGCCGAAUCAAAUUUUAUUUGUCACGUGUCGAAUACAUCAGGUGUAGACCUUACCGUGAAAUGCUUAGUUACAAACCCUUAACCAACAAUGCAGUUCAAGAAAUAGUGAAGAAAUUUAGCUAGCAUAUUUGGAUCUCAACUCUCUCUAAAUUCUCUGUCACAUGAAACCGCUCACAAUGGUGUGUUUCCCGCUAAUUGCAUUAUGGAACGAACAUUCGCACGUAGCCUACUGACUUGUGCACAUUGCUAUGCUUAUAAUAUGAAUAAAUAAUAGUGUAGGCCUAUCAACAUUUUAUGCUAAACAUUUUGAUCUGUUGCAUGAGCCUCAUUGCUUUUUAAAACGUUUUUGGAUGUAGCCUAGGCCUACUGGUUGUAUGAAUUUGGGAUCUAUCGUCCCACCUCUGUCCCAGAGUCUGUUUGGAAUUGGCUAUUUAUUUCUCACACAGAACGACAAGCUGACCAAUAGAAUAGGUAAACUUUUCUACUAUGGGGGAUAGUAGAUCGACAUAUAGUGAGGGGAAAAAACUAUUUGAUCCCCUGCUGAUUUUGUACGUUUGCCCACUGACAAAUAAAUUAUCAGUCUAUAAUUUUAAUGGUAGGUUUAUUUGAACAGUAAGAGACAGAAUAACAACAACAAAAUCCAGAAAAAACGCAUGUCAAAAAUGUUAUAAAUUGAUUAGCAUUUUAAUGAGGGAAAUAAGUAUUUGACCCCCUCUCAAUCAGAAAGAUUUCUGGCUCCCAGGUGUCUUUUAUACAGGUAACGAGCUGAGAUUAGGCGCACACACUUAAAGGGAGUGCUCCUAAUCUCCGUUUGUUAACUGUAUAAAAGGCACCUGUCCACAGAAGCAAUCAAUCAAUCAGAUUCCAAACUCUCCACCAUGGCCAAGACCAAAGAGCUCUCCAAGGAUGUCAGUGACAAGAUUAUAGACCUACACAAGGCUGGAAUGGGCCCAUUGCCAAGCAGCUUGGUGAGAAGGUGACAACAGUUGGUGCGAUUAUUCGCAAAUGGAAGAAACACAAAAUAACUGUCAAUCUCCCUCGGCCUGGGGCUCCAUGCAAGAUCUCACCUCGUGGAGUUGCAAUGAUCAUGAGAACGGUGAGGAAUCAGCCCAGAACUACACGGGAGGAUCUUGUCAAUGAUCUCAAGGCAGCUGGGACCAUAGUCACCAAGAAAACAAUUGGUAACACACUACGCUGUGAAGGGCUGAAAUCCUGCAGCGCCCGCAAGGUCCCCCUGCUCAAGAAAGCACAUACACAUGCCCGUCUGAAGUUUGCCAAUGAACAUCUGACUGAUUCAGAGGAGAACUGGGUGAAAGUGUUGUGUUCAGAUGAGACCAAAAUGGAGCUCUUUGGCCUCAACUCGCCGUGUUUGGAGGAGGAUGAAUGCUGCCUAUGACCUAAAGAACACCAUCUCCACCGUCAUACAUGGAGGUGGAAACAUUAUGCGUUGGGGGUGUUUUUCUGCUAAGGGGACAGGACAACUUUAGCGCAUCAAAGGGACGAUGGACGGGGCCAUGUACCGUCAAAUCUUGGGUGAGAACCUCCUUCCCUCAGCCAGGGCGUUGAAAAUGGGUCGUGGAUGGGUAUUCCAGCAUGACAAUGACCCAAAACACACGGCCAAGGCAACAAAGGAGUGGCUCAAGAAGAAGCAUAUUAAGGUCCUGGAGUGGCCUAGCCAGUCUCCAGACCUUAAUCCCAUAGAAAAUCUGUGGAGGGAGCUGAAGGUUCGAGUUGCCAAACGUCAGGCUCGAAACCUUAAUGACUUGGAGAAGAUCUGCAAAGAGGAGUGGAAAAAAAUCCCUCCUGAGAUGUGUGAAAACCUGGUGGCCAACUACAAGAAACGUCUGACCUCUGUGAUUGCCAACAAGGGUUUAGCCACCAAGUACUAAGUCAUGUUUUACAGACGGGUCAAAUACUUAUUUCCCUCAUUAAAAUGCAAAUCAAUUUAUAACAUUUUUGACAUGUGUUUUUUUUUCUGAUCAUGUCUGUCAGUGGGCAAACGUACAAAAUCAGCAGGGGAUCAAAUACUUUUUUCCCUCACUGUAGGCUAGUGAUUUUGCUGUUUGUUACUCAUCUGUAUUUGGUGCAAAUCAUUCCCUAAAUUGUAGACCUCAGCUGAAUCUGGUAAUGAAUGGUGUGGCUGUUGAACAAGUUGAGACUAAAUUACUUGGCGUUACCUUAGAUUGUAAACUAUCAUGGUGAAAACAUAUAGAUUCAGUGUCUGUAAAGAUGGGAAGAGGUCUGUCCGUAAUAAAGAGAUGCUCUGCUUUUUUGACACCACACUCCAAAAAAGCAAGUUCUGCAGGCUCUAGAUUUGUCUAAUCUUGAUUAUUGUCCAGUCGUGUUGUCCAGUGCUGCAAGGAAAGACCUAGUUAAGCUGCAGCUGGCCCAAAACAGAGCGGCACGUCUUGCUCUUCAUUGUAGUCAGAGGGCUGAUAUAAAUACUAUGCAUGCUAGUCUCUCUUGGCUAAGAGUUGAGGAGAGACUGACUGCAUCACUUCUUAUUUUAAUAAGAAACAUGAAUGUGUUGAAAAUCCCAAAUUGUUUGCAUAGUCAACUUACACACCGCUCUGACACACACACUUACCCCACCAGACGUGCCACCAGGGGUCUUUUCACAGUCCCCAAAUCCAGAACAAAUUCAAGAAAGCGUACAGUAUUAUAUAGAGCCAUUAUUGCAUGGAACUCCGUUCCAUCUCAUAUUGCUCAAAUAAACAGCAAACCUGGUUUUAAAAAACAGAUAAAGCAACACCUCACGGCACAACGCCUCUCCCCUAUUUGACCUAGAUAGUUUGUGUGUAUGUAUUGAGAUGUAGGCUACGUUUGCCUUUAAAAGAAAAUGUAUGUAGUUCUGUCCUUGAGCUGUUCUUGUCUAUUAAUGUUCUGUAUUAUGUAAUGUUUCAUGUUUUGUGUGGACCCCAGGAAAAGUAGCUGCUGCUUUUGCAACAGCUAAUGGGGAUCCUAAUCAAAUACCAAAUACCAAAUCUUGUUUGCUGAGAAAAAGUAAAUGUGGGCAGUUAUUCUAACGUGUUUUUCAAGUUUUGGGAAGCUAAUUUUCACCAUAACAGUUCACCUUUAUAAUAAAGCAUUCCAUGCACCAUCACAUGUGCAGAGUUAUGUAAGAUAGCCUACUAUUCCUAAUGUGAUGAUUAGAUUGGAUAGUCAUAAUUUAGGAUUAUAAUAUAACUCAAUCACUCUUCGCAAUAGACUGUUCAAUGCAGCGCGUGUGUUACAAAAUAAAUGUACACAUACAUGUUAUUCAAUCAUUGCAUCCACACUGCUCGUGCGCGUCAACGAGCGUCUGCGUAGCCAGGCGCUAAAAUAGAACUUGGUUAUAUUUGUGAAGCUUGACGCGCUGCAAGUCCCGGCUCUCCCUUCUCCUCAUUGGUUUUUAGGAGCAUAUACCCACGUGGGUGAUUGAAAGAUGAACUGAGGUCCAACCUCAAAGUUGGUUGCCAACCGCCAUAUAAUGUCCAAAGAAGAAGCCUGAAGGAGGAGAUAUUACUAGAAACAAAGAAGGUUUACCCUUUUAUCUGUGGAUUAAUUGAGUAGAGGACCUUGUGCAUUUCAGGUAAAAUUACAACCCAAUGUUUAUAUCCUAGGGCAAAUUAGCUAGCAACAGCAAGCUAGCUAAGUUGCCAUAAAUGUUCAAUGCUUUUCAACCUGUCCCCAAAUUAAUAUAGUGGCCCAGAGUUCAUUUUGAUAUUUCAACCUGCGUGUCCUGAUCGCGUCUGGUGUCGGCGGACAAAAUCAACAUGCGCGCGAUGGCGCACGUGCGCGCCCGGUCUAGUCAGCAUGUUAGAGUAGGCCUAGGCUAUAUCAGCCUAUAUUUCUCACUUCUCCUUUCUUUGCGCUGGAAAAUGUUGGCCUUUUAUAAACACAUUUAAUGCAAUUCUACUACACUUUAUAUGACUGGAGACAUUUGCAUAAUCUUUUUUUUAUACAACAAAAAUUACAGGGUAGCCUACUCUGCUGACACUGGCAAACAGAUCAAUAAAAACAACGUUGUCUGAUCCAUAUAUUAGGCCUACGAAAAGGGGAGACACAAAUACAAUAUGAUGUCCAUCUAACCUGGAGGAGGAAAUUAUUGUCCAAAAACAAACAAAAGUGGCACAGACCCAAGACAGUGAAUAUGCACACUCACAGGGGAUAUGGCCGAUGUUCUCCACUGGUGCUAAUAAGAAGGCUACUUUUCUUUCAAUUAAAUUCAGAAUUCUGAUAACUAAAACACAGAUUGGAUUAUUUUCAUUGCCUUCUCUUUACAGCAAUAGCCAUUUGUUUUUCUGCGAUUUUACUUUAAAAUAUUGCGAUAUGCCUGGCUGGGUCUCUCUGCUUUUCAAUGACAGUGUCAACUUAACAAUCAUCUAUUUGGUAUUUGCUGCGCACUCUGCCCAAAUUGCGGGCCUUUCAGACUGCAGGCUAUGCGAUUUAAAACAAUCCGCAGGUUUUAUUAAAAAAAUAUAUAUAAACAAAUUAAGCUAAUAAUCCUCUGUGGCCAAAUCAUGCUUUUCGGUGAAGUAGCCUAUUUUGAAUGAUUUUAUUUAUUUAUGUAUAGACAAGAGUAAGCUAAUUAGGCUGUAUAAUUUUGGCAAUUUAUUUCAAUUUACUUUAGGGAGGGCUUAGCUUCCACUAGCCUUAUUGACGCGCCACCUAUGUAUGGUAAAUUUCUUACAUGUCCGGUAAAUUCAAAUGCUGCCAGUCAAAUGUCCGACGCCACAUAAUGUUUCCAUCAUUAGGACUGUUCAGAAAAUUUUGUCCGCUUCAUGUUUUGUUUCCUUGCCACGAUACUGGUAUCAUGACAACCCUGGUCCCUUGAUGUUUAGCCUCACAGUUUGGUGGUAAAGUCUGUCCUUGAACCUGGGUAAUUAAUUAUCUCUUUAUUUCCCCUCCCCUCCCCUCUCUCUCUCUGUGUCUGUGUAGGGGCUCUCCCACACUGGUGCAGGCCCUCCCAGGUCCGAGUAUCCAGGUGACAGCUGGUAGUAACCACACGGCUGUGCUCCUCAUGGAUGGACAGGUCUUCACCUUCGGCAGCUUCUCGGUACGCCACGCAGCUGUUCUCUUCUAUUUUUUCACAGAUGUGAUUUGAUCUCAGACAUUGUUUUCCUAAUUAACUAAUAUUACAUUUUAGUCAUUUAGCAGACACUCUUAUCCAGAGCGACUUACAGUUAGUGAGUGCAUACAUUUUCAUACUGGCCCCCCGUGGGAAACGAACCCACAACCCUGGCGUUGCAAGCGCCAUGCUCUACCAACUGAGCUACAGGGAACCUAAUACCAUUUCAUUGUAUCUAACCCCAACCAGAAUCAUUAAUUUUCCUUAUUGACCUUGUUGUAAUGGUCACAUCUUUUUUUUUUUUUUUUUUCUCAGAGUGCAAUAUUACUUAAAAACACAAUGCCAUACCCAUUGUCCAUUGCCUUAUUCUAUUAUUUACUGAAGUCCAUACACACUCUUAUUGAAUGCAUAGAGAUGAAUAUUGUAUCGUAUUUGAAAUGCAGGUGACCACAGAAUGAGGAUACUGACUUCUCUUCUUUGUCUUGUCAGAUCCUGGUUGUUUUACCUACUUUUGUUGAAUGCAGUGAUUUGUAAACAGUUCUAUAUGGGAUGACUGACCUGACUAAAUGACUGAAACGUAAUUACUAAAAUGUUAUACAUGUCUCCACAGAAAGGGCAGCUGGGUCGGCCAAUCCUGGACAUGCCCUACUGGAACGCCAAGCCUUCCCCCAUGCCCAACAUUGGUGCCAAGUAUGGCCGCAAGGCCACCUGGAUCGGGGCCAGCGGCGACCAGACCUUCCUGAGGAUCGACGAGGCCCUGAUUAACUCG